CUCAGUUUCACUCGUCUGCUACCGAAAGGCCAAUCCAUUGCGCAACUUCCAGUCCAUCCAACAUGCCUUACAACGCCCGGACCGAUGACCUCGCCGAGCUGGUUCGCCGUGGCGGGCUCGAGGAUCCCCGAGCUGCUGAACAGCCUUCGUUCAGUAUACGAAUGGUCUGUCGGGACUCGACUGACUUUAUUUGCAACACCGCCGAGUUCUCUCCGCUGGGGUCGAGCUAUCAACGGGCAUGCCACAAGGACAAGCCCACUGACGAGUGCGAUGCCAAGGUCGAUCAGAUCCUUGACCGGGUGAAGGAGAUCACGCUACCUUUGGCGGCCAAAACAGCCGACCAGCCUUUGUCGGACCUCGUUCCAGGCGUGGUGGUCAGCGGUGGUCUCAGUCGCUCUCCAGCCUUUGAUUGCCUGCCUGUAAUCUCGCACUGGGCGGAUCGCACCGACGAAACUUCAGCCCCUGAUCCGACGGCCACCGUGCGCAUCUCUUCGACCUGGGAGGCCAGCCAUGUUCUCGGAGAAGGGGCCAACAUGCAUUGUCCGCUUGGAGCCCCUGCCUGGUCACUCAAGACCCACGGCAUCGGUCCAGUCGAACCGGGGUCUAGCAAAUUCUCCCAAGAAUACGACGCGGACACUAACAAGUUGACCACAACGGUGGCCGUGACCCGUCGGGAUGACACCCCCCAGACUGCAGGAGUGUUGACUGCCGCUGCCAAUAUCGCGUGGAUGCGCAACGCGCGCGUCGCCGACGCGGUGGACUGUGCUGUGGGCUUGCUGGCCGACGCCGCGGAGCUCCUGAAGGCGCGUAACAAGGUGAUUGCAACCGGAGCCCCAGUACACCUUGGGUUUGCUGAGGUGCGUGAAGUCACCAUGCCUACCUGGUGCUCGGUCCGCAAACCCCUGCCACCGAAGCUGAGCGGAGUGGCGCUCUCAACGGACCAGACUGCUAUUGACGUCCUCGCGCGCGAGGAUUGCGAGGGCUCCCUACUCAACACCAGCAUUUUCUCCAUGGCAGUGGGCUACAAUCGGGGCGUCUACGGCGGCUCCAUCUCCGGCCUCUGGGCCAUCAUGGACUCGGCCUUUGUCCUGGAUUACUCCAUCGGCAAGAACAGCCCUGCGUUGGCGGACAAGCUGUCGUCGGCCUUUGCGGAGGUGGCAGCCGUGGCAGACGCAGCGGUGGCUGCCGGUCCGCACAUCACCGACAUCCGCAUCGUCAAGGGCUGCGAUUAUGCCUGCUUGCGCCAGAAGGCCAUUCUCGAGGACACCAACAUGGUUUCCUCCCGUCCGUGUGUCGUCGUGUGGGAGGAUCUCGCCCGCCUAGCCCGGUAUAAACUCGCCGAUGCCGUGUUCUGCCACGUCUAUUACGAUGCCGGUGGUGGUGAACAGAUGGCCGCCAUCGCCGGGCUGGGCUGCGUCGUGCACGACUGGAUUGAUCUCGGCGCCGAUGUCGCGUGUGGCGAAAUCAGCAACAUCAUCCCGUCGCUGACGCGGGGAUCGCUGGCCAAGGAAGCCUUGGCCGAAGUGUACUCCCGCAUGGUGGGCGCCAUGAUCUGGUAUCGCGACAAUGAUCCCCACAACCCAGCCGCCCUCUGCAUCCUCUUCACCCACUGGUGGCAGCUCGCCAAUUGUCGCCACCGCCCCAUUACCCUCCUCGGCCGGACAGACUUGAAUUACAAGCACGGCGUUGGAGCCGGCAUCGCGCCCACGAUCCCAGAGACAAGACCCUCACUGGAACACUUCCGCGCGUCCGGCAUCAAGCUUGACUACGGGAAACACGCCCUGAUCAAUGCCGAGGGACGACUCCAGUCACUGCUCGCCUCGGACCCAUUACCGGAAACCCGAGCUGUCAUCGACCUCCUAGUCAGCCCGGUUCUGGCAUACGUGAGAGGAUCAUCGGAUAUUCUUCCCCUGGAGAGUGACUACGUGGGAGCUGUCCUGGCGGCGGAAUUGGCCUAUCCUCACGGACAGAAGAACCUGGAGCUGUGGGAUCUGGCCAUUGUGAUGUGGGAGUCUGGGGCUAUGUGGGGGGCGGGAAUGGCUGGCCUUUGCUAUACGCACACUGGAAUGUCUAACUGUGAUCGGGCUCGGGGGGAUUUGUCGGAUGGGACAUGGCAUUAGAGGAUUGGAUGAGGGUAUAGGAUGUAUGCCGGGUGAGCGGAUAGGAGGAGAUGGCAGAUAAAGGUGGUGUUAGGGCAUCCUAUAGACACGGUGGAACAUGAUAAUAGGUUGGAAGCAGAGCAGAAUGG